UUUAAAAAUAUGAUUUAUUUGUCUUUUUAUUGUACUUUAUUUUUAGUAUUUUUAAUAAAUGCUGCACCCAUUUGGGAGGAUUAUGAUAGUGAUGGGGAAGAGUAUCGCAUUUUAAACAAUGGUGAAUUUGGAGAAUAUUUUGAGGGGGAUAUGGUGUUGACGCCAGUUCAGAUAAAGGCAGUAACCAAUGCGCAAGGAGGACGCAAUGGUCUGAAAGAUAAUACCAAAAGAUGGCCGGAACGUGUUGUGGUAUAUAACAUAGAAGAAGAAGAUUUUGAUGAAGAUCAAAUCGAAAUGAUUGAGAAUGGCCUGGCAGAAAUAACCAAUAAAUCAUGUAUUACAUUUAGAAAACAAAAGGGCGACGAACACGCAGUCAUAAUUCAGGGCUCUGCAAACGGUUGUUUUUCCGGAGUAGGCUACAAUAAAGCUAAUGAUAGUGAAGAAUCAAGCCAAGUUUUGAACUUGUCUAAAGGAUGUUUCAAACACGGCACAAUAGUCCACGAAAUGUUGCAUACCCUAGGCUUCUACCACAUGCAGAGUGCUCACGACAGAGACGAAUAUGUUGAGAUUGUUUGGGACAAUAUAAAAGAAGGCCUGGAGCAUAAUUUUGCAAAAUACAAUAACGAUACAGUGACAGACUUCGGUGUUCCCUACGACUAUGGAAGCGUCAUGCAUUAUCCAGGAGGAGCAUUUUCGAAGAACGGAAAUAAUACCAUAAUUCCUCUAAAAGAGGGUGUCAUAAUUGGCCAACGAAAAGGAAUGUCAGAAAGUGAUAUUUUAAAGCUGAAUAAAAUGUACUGUGACUAG